AUGUCGUCGGAUGCUGGCACAACUGCGGCGCCGACGCUCUCGGAGAAGGCAUUCGCUCGGCGUCGAUACUUUCGAGACAAGCAGCGCGAGUAUCGCCGCAAGCUGAAUGUUGAAGGGGCGGCCAUCGAUGCGGAGCUCGUACACCUUCGGUCGAUCCGUGAUAGUCUUCGAGCCAUGGAGCAUCCGCCGGUGCGUGAAGCAAGCGAUGGUCCGUUGUCGUGGUGUUCCAUUGCUACCGUGUUCAAAAGAGAAGCACAUCGUGUCUUGACGGACCGCCAGUCACUGGUCACUCAAACACAAGAGUACCGAACCCUCAUGCAGGCCAUGCAACGCUUUGUCGUGAUGAACAUUCCGCUACCCAUGUCCCGCAGCAAUUCGUGGUACUGUGCGACGUUGGCGGCCGAGCCGAGUGCUCGAACCCUGGGCAAGGAGUGGCUCACGCAGCAACUGUACCACAACAUGCACAAGCCGUUCGCGUCGUUUCCUGCCGUGAGCUAUGGCGACGAGUGUUUCCAUAUCGACGUGCAAUCGUGGGACGACGAUGACCCGCCGUUCAUGUACAUGGAAAGGAUGCAGCACUCGUUACCCGGCACGGUGCACAUGUUUCGACGACUGGUCGAGUCCAAGAUGCAGGCGGUGCUCUUCCCCAAUGAUGUGGUGGACGAGAGCACAUCCAACACGCGCCUGUUUCACUCGGCCACUGGCGACGGCGAGUUCGUGAACUCACUCCAAGACACUUCGUGGAAGCUGAUCGAUUCAUCAUGGUCAUGCGCCAAGUUGAACACGAUGAAGCCCACGUGUGCCACCCCCUGCUCAAUCAGCGGCACUUUAGGUCGUGUACGCGUCGUGAAUCACUUGUCGCGCAAAUUUCGACCUGCCACCGGGUUUGUGAGUGGUGUGGCCGAGUUUGCGGCGAUGACGGGCAUCGACGUGACGGACGUCGACGACAAGGCCGCGUACGCCCGGCGCGAAAUGAUCCGACGGGGGCAUGCGGGGUUCUUGCCUUGGCGGCAACGUUUCAUGGACUUGAUGCACGAGGACGCGACAAACUAA